GCUCGCUGCGGAGGAUGGUCCCGGGCGGCGGCGGCACGUGGGGGUGACAGCGCGCGCCGGGAGCCCGGGAGCGCGGAGGGCGAGCGGGCCGGGUGGACGUCAGUCAGCCGGCGGGCCGCCGGGCGAGCGGGAUGGAAGCGGAAGGCUUGGGUUGGCUUCUGGUCCCGCUGCACCAGCUGGUUUCCUGGGGCGCAGCCGGGGCCAUGGUCUUCGGAGGCGUGGUGCCAUACAUCCCGCAGUACCGGGACAUCCGGCGGACUCAGAACGCCGAGGGCUUCUCCACCUACGUGUGUCUGGUGCUCCUGGUGGCCAAUAUCUUACGGAUACUCUUCUGGUUCGGGAGGCGCUUCGAGUCGCCACUGCUCUGGCAGAGUGUCGUCAUGAUCCUGACCAUGCUGCUUAUGCUGAAGCUCUGCACCGAGGUCCGCGUGGCCAACGAGCUGAACCUGAAACGCCGGGUCUUUUCAGCUGCAGAUAAUAAAGAUGGAGAAGUCAGAGUCCCCCCCAGGCGGUCCUCUCUGGACUUCGACCCACACCACUUCUGGCACUGGAGCAGCUUUGCGGACUAUGUGCAAUGUGUCCUGGCCUUCACUGGCGUGGCGGGCUACAUCACCUACUUGUCCAUUGACUCGGCCCUUUUUGUGGAGACCCUGGGCUUCCUGGCCGUGCUGACGGAGGCCAUGCUGGGUGUGCCGCAGCUCUAUCGCAACCACCGCCACCAGUCCACGGAGGGCAUGAGCAUCAAGAUGGUCUUCAUGUGGACGAGUGGAGACACCUUCAAGACGGCCUACUUCCUGCUGAACGGGGCGCCCCUGCAGUUCUCGGUGUGUGGGCUGCUGCAGGUGCUGGUGGACCUGGCCAUCCUGGGGCAGGCCUACGUGUUCACCCGCCACCCACUGAAGCCAGCCCCCCACGCGGCCCACCCCACCAGCGCAAAGGCUCUUUGAGGUGGCCGGGAGGAUGAGGACGUGGGACCGAAGCUUCUGGCCCGACCACCUAUGCUCCACGUGGGCAGCAGAGGCCACAGCCCCGAGACGGGUCCGGCAGUGGGGGACUCGCCUGGCCUCCGGCUCUUGGGCAUGGCAGGGCCCAGGGGCCAACGCUGCACUCUGCCGCCCAGGACUCCACGAGCAGGUCUCCCCAGGCGGGGCUGCCGCGCUCUUACGCUGACAGAAAAUAGGCCUCUCUUCCACUUCAGCUCAGGACACCACUGGCCAGAGCCUGGGGCAAGCUCACAGCCCCGGGCGGCAGUCCUGCACCCCGUGGGACCCAGGACCUCCGGGAACCUCCAUGUCUCCGGCCCCGGGCCCCUGACGUGGCGGGUGGGGGGCCCUGCAGCCAGGCCGGGGGUCUCAGGAUGGGUGAGAUGUGGCAGGAGUGAGAAACAGCACCUGGGAGCCUCGGUCCCCGCCAGAGAGGCCCGCGGUCUCAGGCCAGCCGGGGUGACGCACCGCAGGGUCAGGCUGGGCCACGUGGGACGCCGGGCUCUGGAUUCCUAACCUUAGGGUGGCACCUUUCCAGGCCCUAGUGGCCUCGCUGCUCCACCGGCCCUUCCUGGUGAGGCUGCUGUGGACCCAGUCACGUCCGGCAGAGCUGUGGCCGGCAUGGGCCCGGGGUGUUGGGAGGGGGCCUGGGUGCUGGUGGGCUUGGGGUACGCCCGGGAAGGCUAGGGGCUCGGGUCCAGGACUGGGCUGCCCCAGGCAUCCAUUCCCUCUGGGAACCGUGCCCUUUUCAGACGCAGCCCAAGGCAUCCAUCUUCCAGGCCUGGAGGCACCUGCGGGUCAGGGCAGGGGGCGGCGGAGCAGGCUUCCCCAGGCUGCCCCCACCUUCUGCGUGGCCCUCCGCGUCCCCUGUGUCUGACGUUGGCCCUCUUCAGUCUACAUGGGCACCUCAGUCUCCCGGGUGAGUGUUCUAGAUACUUCUGCAGGCUUUCCGCAGGCACUUCCCCUCCUGCUGGGCGGAGGGCCUGUGGCAUCCAUGCUCCCCGGGCCACUGCCAGAGUGCCCGUGUUCGUGCGGUCGGUGGAAUGCGUGCGAAGCCGACUCCUCCUCCUGACUUUUCCUCAAAAGCUCCUGAAUGUUUGAGGAUCCCGUGCAGAUCUCUGGCCUGCAAGAUGCUCUGAAAAUCUUUAUUUUUUAAAAUGAAGGGAGAUGUCUGUCGCCGGGUGCAGUGGUGCCCUGCGUGCCCCGUGUGGGAGCCCCACAGUCCUGUCAGGGUGACUUUAACUCAAUAAACUGCUCGCGGAUCCA